CAGCCAGUCUUCCCGUCCGGCUCCGCGGCGGCGCCGGCGGCCGCGGCGUGACUGGGAUGCGGCUGACGCGGAAGCGGCUCUGCUCGUUUCUCGUCGCGCUCUAUUGCCUCUUCUCGUUGUACGCCGCCUACCAAGUGUUCUUCCGGAGCCGCGGCCGGCCGCCAGCUGCGUUCUCGCGCGGGCUCCGGAGAGGGGCGGCCGCGGCGCCGGAGAGGCGCGGCCGAGGUAGGAAACAGUCUUCCUUGGAAGGUAAAGAAUGGAACCCUUGGGAAGUAGAUGAAAGGAAUGAGCAACGACUCAGACUUAAAGCUAGACUUCAAGUACUAAGUAAAUCCACGAGAAAACCAGACCUCAGUGUGCAAAUCUGGGGGAAAGCCGCCAUUGGUUCCUAUCUGUGGGAGCACAUCUUUGAAGGCUUGCUUCAGCCCGCUGAGGUGACCUCUCAGUGGAGAGAAGGAAGGUCGGUCGUAGGAAACACAGAAUUCAGCUUCAUCACUGGGCCGGCAGUAGCCCCAGGGUACUUCUCCGUUGACGUGAGUAACGUGGUACUUGUUUUAAAUGGAAGAGAGAAAGCCAAGGUCUUCUAUGCCACCCAGUGGUUACUUUAUGCACAAAAUUUAGUGCAAACAAAAAAACUCGAGCAUCUUGUGGUGGUUUUGCUCGGCAAUGAACAUUGUGAAAAUGACUGGAUCAGCCAGUUCCUCAAGAGAAAUGGAGGCCCUGUGGACCUGCUCUUUCUCAUCUACGACAGCCCCUGGAUUAAUAACGUGGAUGUGUUUCAGUGGCCUUUAGGGGUGGCAACAUACCGGAAUUUUCCUUUAGUGAGGACAAGUUGGUCAAUGGUGUACGAAGGGCGGCGUUACCUGUGUAAUUUCUUAGGAACCGUUUAUGAAAAUUCAUCUCGACAGGCACUAAUGGACAUUUUGAAGCAAGAUAAGAACAAUGCAAGUUGUUUGAUUUCAACGAGAGAACAGUGGUUGCCUCAAGAAACAUUUGCAAGUCUUAAGCGAUACCAAGAGGCCUUACUUCAGAGUGACCUCACGUUGUGCCCGGCAGGCGUGAACACAGAAUGUUACAGGAUAUAUGAGGCCUGCUCCUACGGCUCCGUCCCUGUGGUAGAAGAUGUGAUGACGGCCGGCAGCUGUGGGAACACUUCUGCUCAGCACGGGGCACCUCUGCAGCUGCUCAAGUCCAUGGGUGCUCCCUUCAUCUUUGUUAAGAACUGGAAGGAACUUCCUGCUAUCUUAGAAAAAGAGAAACAUCUACUUUUAUAUGAAAAGAUUAAAAGAAGAAAAAAGUUACUGCAGUGGUAUCAGAACUUCAAAACAGAGCUCAGAACGAAAUUUACUAAUAUUUUAGAAAGUUCGUUUUUAAGGAAUAAAUAAAGGUUAACUUAA